UUAAAAUGUUUUGUUUUUUCUAGAAAAUGUUCAGUUCAUUUGUGACUAACUUAGACCAGAAACUUUUACCAGAAGAUGGUUGGUAUAAAACCUAUUUAAUAACUGCUGGAGUUGGCACUGCUACUUUGUUUUUGUUGAAAUAUUAUUUAUCUUCACAAAGAGCAUGGUGCAAAAACAAUGUGUCCCUUGAGGGUAAGACUUGCAUAGUAACAGGCGGUAACACUGGCAUUGGCAAGGCGGUUGCUUUAGAAUUUGCACGCCGCAAAGGCAGAGUGAUAUUGGCAUGUCGCGAUAUACAGAAAGCAAACAGUGCUGCACUGGAUAUUAGAAAAGAGUUAAAAUUUGAUGCAGAUGUUGGUGUCUGUCAGAUGGAUUUAUCAUCUUUUGCAUCCAUUAGAAACUUUGUUGCUUGUAUCAAGCAAAACGAAGAGAACAUACACAUUUUAGUUAAUAAUGCUGGUCUUAUGAGUUGUCCAUAUUCGAAGAGCGUGGAUGGUUUUGAAAUGCAAUUUGCUGUCAAUCAUUUGGGACACUUCUUGUUGACAAAUCUAUUAUUAGAUACAAUGAAGAACAAGGACGAUGCUCGAAUUAUAGUUGUGUCGUCGUCGUUAUAUAAAAAGGUUAAUCUCGAUCUGACCAAUUACAACAACCAGCAAGGCUAUAUGCCAUUCGAAGCUUACGCAAGAAGCAAGUUGGCGAAUAUCUUGUUUGCUCAUGAAUUAAGUAAAAGGUUGCCCGCAGGAAUUACUGUCAAUUCGAUGCAUCCGGGUAUAGUGUGGACAGAACUUGCCAGACACAAGCUUACGAACAUUGCAUUAAAAGUUUUAUAUGACAUUGCCGCGUAUUUCCUUUUAAGGAAACCUCAGGAAGCUGCUCAGACAAUCUUAUAUAUGGCAACCGAGCCGAGUCUAAAGGACAUGUCAGGAAAAUAUUUCGGAAAUUGUAGGUUGGAGGAAUUGAAAGAUACGGCAAAAGAUGAUAAAAUGAGUAAAAAAUUGUGGGAAGUUUCCGAAAAGCUAACUGGUUUGGAAAUAUAAUUUCCACGUGAUAAAAAUAUAGCAUUUGAAGUUCAUACUAUUUUUUCAGCUUGAGCGAACUUCCAUAUCAUGAUUUAGAACAGGUUUAAUGUCUUAUGUGGCUUCUUUUGUUUAUACGAGCGAAAUAUGAAUAUAAAAUGUACUUCACAUUUCAUUUAUUUUUUAAUAUUUUUCAUUUAAAACGA